UUAAAAAACAGUACUCUUUUCCGGUUCGGGACACAGUUGAAGCGACGACAAGUCGGAUAACCAUUCUUGAGAGAUGACAUUUCUCAGCUAGAGGUGGCUAGCUCAGCUGGCCCUUGCUUGGUGACAGUCACAGGAAGCCCUGUGGUGAAGGUGUGAAGAAAAACUGUCUGUAACUGCAGUUCCAGGGGAUCUGGCCUCCAUGCACACAUGAGGGUCACAGACAUACAUGCAGGAUGACGCGGCACGGCAAGAACUGCACUGCAGGGGCCGUCUACACCUACCACGAGAAGAAGAAGGAUACAGCGGCCUCAGGCUAUGGGACCCAGAACAUUCGACUGAGCCGGGAUGCUGUGAAGGACUUUGACUGCUGCUGUCUCUCUCUGCAGCCAUGCCAUGACCCUGUGGUCACGCCGGACGGCUACCUGUAUGAAAGGGAGGCGAUCCUGGAGUACAUCCUCCGCCAGAAGAAAGAGAUCGCCCGGCAGAUGAAGGCCUAUGAGAAGCAGCGAGGAGCCCGGAGAGAAGAGCAGAAAGAGCUUCAGCGAGCUGCAGCACAGGACCAGGUCCGAGGCUUCCUGGAGAAGGAGGCAGCCAUUGUGAGCCGGCCCCUCAACCCCUUCAUGCCCAAGGCUGCCACCUUACCCAACACAGAUGGUGAACAGCCAGGGUCCAGUGUGGGUCCCCUAGGCAAGGACAAGGACAAAGCACUGCCCAGCUUCUGGAUCCCAUCACUAACACCCGAGGCAAAGGCCACCAAGCUGGAAAAGCCGUCCCGCACAGUGACCUGCCCGAUGUCUGGGAAGCCACUGCGCAUGUCGGACCUGACGUCAGUGCGCUUCACGCAGCUGGACGACUCAGUGGACCGAGUGGGGCUCAUCACACGCAGUGAACGCUACGUUUGUGCAGUGACCCGAGACAGUCUGAGCAAUGCCACGCCGUGUGCAGUGCUGCGGCCCUCUGGGGCCGUGGUCACCCUGGAGUGUGUGGAGAAACUGAUCCGGAAGGACAUGGUGGACCCCGUGAAUGGGGAUACGCUGACAGAGCGCGACAUCAUCGUGCUGCAGCGGGGUGGCACAGGCUUUGCGGGCUCCGGAGUGAAGCUACAGGCGGAAAUGUCCCGGCCAGUGAUGCAGGCCUGAGCCAUGUCCUAAUAAACGUGGGUGCAAGCAGGC